AACGAGCGGAACGUAAAGUUUAUUUAAAAAUAAUUUGAGCAACGCAAGCAUUUUAGAAGUUUUAGUGAAUAUUCCGACGGGAAAGUGUAAAUCAACAUUCAAACUACAUCAUGGCAUUCAACUCGGAAACGAACCCGGCCAAUCUGUGUCGGGUCUGCAUCCAGGACGUCACGUACAUCCCAUCGGAAAACAUCUUCCAGUCGUCGGAUGAUCCUGGCCAUGUCAAUCUCUACCGUAAACUGAGCGUCAUUUGCUCACAAGUGUUUGCGGCUGAGCCGGAUGGAAAACCAUCGGCCACUGAAGUACUGGCAAUGCCGUUGAGCGUAUGCCACGAUUGCAAAGGAAAGAUAGACGAUGCCUACGAGUUGCACAGAAUGUGCCUGGAAAGUCAUCGUCUACUGGGGGAACUGCUGGCACCAAAGCUGGAAGAAGUUAUGGUCAAGAAAGAACCGGAGGACCCGGUUGAGGACACUCUUUUACAGCUGGAUGAGCCAAAAGUGUUCGCUGAUAUUCUUGAAGUCCCGUCGAAGAAACCAUCAGCUAGAGGAAAAGGAAGGCGCUCUAGGGUCAAACAAGACAUCAGUAACGAAGAGGUGGCCACGGCAAAGAAUCCAGAAGACAAUCAAGAAAAUCCAGCAUUUUCCUGUGAAAAGUGUGGCGCUGUAGCGAAGCGUGAAUUUGCCUUGCACAAACAUAUGAAAAUGAAGCAUCCCAAGGAUGUCUUCCAAUGUGACAAGUGCUACGAAGUUUACUUUGACGAGGCCAAAAUGCUGGAACAUAGGAAAAAUCACGAUCUUGAGAAGCCGUACGCUUGUCCCAUUUGCCAAAAACGCUUCAAACGCCGGAGGGAUGUUACGCUACAUUCGGUACUAUGCAAGGGCCAGACGCCCUUCCUGUGCACCGAGUGUGGCAAGGGUUACGCCUACGCGAGCAGCUUGGUGCAGCACCUCCUACGUCACAAGGAGAAGUCUAUGGCGUGUGAUCUGUGUCCGGUGAAGUUCCACACGAAGGGUGCACUCAACAUGCACAUCCGGCUUACGCACAACAAGGAGAAGAACUACGUCUGCCAUAUUUGCUCGAAGCGGUGCGUGUCGAGUGACGCGUUGAAGAAGCACUUAUUAUGUCAUACAGGCGAGCGACAGUUUAAAUGUGAUGUAUGCGAUAUGAAGUUCUUGAGAAGGAACAACAUGAUGCGACACAUGCGCACCCACACCGGAGAGAAACCCUACAAAUGCACCCAUUGCGAUCGUGCGUUUUCCCAAACGAACGACCUGGUCAAGCACAGUAAAGUCCACUUCGGUGACAAUCCGUACAAAUGUGACCGAUGCGAUGCGGCGUACCGUCUGUUGUCCGAGCUGCGCGAUCACUACAAAGUGCACUCGGGCAGUGGCUAUGGAUCAUCGGAUCAACCGGAUAACUUUAAGUUCACCAGUGUCAGUGCGCUCCAGUGGCGUGCUGCGCAAGAGCGGCAGAAUGACGUCAGUCAAUCGUCGGCUGAACUAAAGGAGGGGAAGGUGCCGGAAUCGCGGAUGGAGGCGGAUGACGAGUUUUGAAUAUUAUGUAAGUACCUAAAUCAGAAA